CUAGACUCACUGCUCACCAAUGCCUCAAUACCGUUACUACGGCUACACUGUACAUGGUCUAGAGCAACGACACCCACAAAGAUCUGCGGACCACUCAAUAUCUAUGGUAUUUUCUCUCGUCGUUCACAUAGGCAUGACUUUACAAACUACAAUGGCAGAUGUUGUGAAAAGAAAAUUGUAUCUGAAGAUGUAUGGACAUGAAUCGUAGUGGCUGGAUAAUCUUACAGCACACACUUGCGUGGGUUUUGUCUAUCACUGUCUGCACAACCAUGUCGU